UAUCUAUCAUGUUUAUACCUGCGCAUCAAAAAAAAUGCAUGUUCUAAUAAGUUCUAUGUACUGUUGAUCACGUUUAUCGCUGUUCUUGAUCUUCUCAUCUUCCAGAUGGAGCAGAAGAAGCAUAUUUGUGCAUCCAUAUGUGAUGGCUUACCCACCCUAUUUGCCAACCAUCCUUGGUGGGUUCAUCACUAUCAGAUGCUCAGAAACAACGAAGACCAUAUUAUCUAUACCAUGCGUGAGCCGCCGUCUCAACACAGGUACCAAAUUCCUUCGUCUCACGGGAAGUGUAUCCAGGGGUGUUUCCAUGGUUGGGUGAUUCUCUCUAACCAUCCAUACAAUGACAUGUGGUCACUUUGGAACCCCGUGACUUCCAAAAUCAUCCGCCUCCCUCGCUUGAUUUCCGAAAAGGGAGAUCGAGAAUGUUGUUUGUCGUCCCCUCCCGAUUAUCAUGGUUCAAUUUUCAUGUUAACAACUAAGAAACCCACCAUUGUUUUUUGUCGGCUAGACCGUAGAAGAAAGAGGUACAAAUGGGUUGAAAUGUCAUACGCUAAGCAGAUGAGGAGCAUAGUGGGCUGUGAUGGUUUCUUAGACAACCUAACUUGUUGCAAUGGUAAAGUAUAUGCCUUGAGUUGUAUUGGGAAUAGGUUGCGAUGUGUCAUACUCGUCGAUAUUGAGGUUAAGGGUACAGAAAUUGUGAUAAGUCUCUCGUGGUAUUUGAAGCACCCGACAACUUUCUACAUGGAUGGUCAUUCAUAUACUAUUGGUUUUUUUAAAGGAUGUUGUAGCGAAUUGUUCUUCGUUAAAUUAGGUGUUAUUGAUGAUGCGGGAGAGAAAACAGUUUGUGGGGUGUAUGUAUAUAAAUUGGACACGAAAAAUAUAAGAUGGGAACGAAUGGAAGAUCUCAAAGGUGCUGCAAUCUUUUUGGAUCUUUCUCAACAUAGCAUGUUUUACAGCCCUGCAAUUGGCUCGGAGUUAGGGGGUUAUGUACACCUUCUUGACAAAUCCGGGAAAGUAAUACAGUCAUAUGACUACAAGAAUAAAACCGUAGCUUUAUCUAUCAUGCCAACGCCCUAUGCAUCAUCGGCGGAAUGCAGGUUACGACAAGAAGAGGACAGUACAAAUAAUAGUAAUAACACGACGAUUGAAGGGGAGAAUAUGGAGUCACGCCUUCUCAACAUUCCGUUUGAUGUUUUGAAGACGAUUAUGGAGUUUUGUGUUGGCGUCGAAUACCUUAACUUUCGUGCUGUCUGUAAGAAAUGCCACUUAGCAGCACCUAUGAUCCGAUGGAGUAAGGGAGGGAGAUUGCAGACAUAUUCAUUAGUUUCACCAUUGCUAAUGGUGUUAGACCAAGAUCGGCGUGUUACCUCUUUUACUGAUCCAAUGUUUGGUGAUAGGUACUUUAUAAAGACACCUCGAGAAUUGAUUGGUGAUGUGCAAAUACAUUGUUCCAUGUAUGGUUGGCUGCUUAUAGAAAGACUUAAGGGACCACUACUUGCGGGACAACUAAUGUUCUUUAACCCCUUCACAAGUGAUAUCCGUGAGCUUCCGGACGCCCCUAGAUUAGACACCUAUUGUUUCUCAGCACCACCUACUUCCUCUGAAUGUAUGGUUGUUGGAUUUACAACACGAGGCGAAUGGCAUGUUUUCGUCUACUUUGUAGCUCGAGAACCAUCUUGGCGUAGUUUCCGUCUUCUAAAUUUUAGUGGUGAUAGCUCACGCUCCUUUCGUUUUGCUACACUCUAUGCCCGAAAUCUUUAUGCUUUGUAUAACAAUGGAGGGCUUGAUUUCAUAGAUACAGACAACGAACAUUACACUUGGCGUAAAGUUUUAGCCAAAGGCCCAAACAGUAGUGACGGAUCUCUCAAACAAAACUUUCUAAUGAAAUGUGAUCAACAGCUUUUACUAGUCACCAUGAGCGAGUUUGGAGGACGUGUUGAUGUAUUCAAGUUGAAUAAUGAUUCUACUGAAUGGGAGAAGACAGAGAAUUUAGGAAAGUAUGCGAUUUAUAUUUAUGGUAAGUCAUGCCUUUGCAUGGAAGCCAAAAUGCCAACAAUGGCGAACAAGAUUUACUUUCCGCGCGUGCAUUCUGAUAACUGGAAGAUAGUGUUCUAUUCUCUCGAAACAAGAAGGUAUCACACAUCCAAUAUUGAAGAAAGUUUUGUGAAUUUCAUGGGAACCACAUAUCAUCUCAACCCUCAUGCGUGGAUUGAACCUAGCUGGUCAUAGGUAGCUUCAUUAUUAUGUUUUAUUAGCAUCACCGACUUGUCAAGUGCAUCUCUUUAAUGAUUCAAUGCACUAUUCGCAACUGUUGGGUUAAAUCAAUGAACUUUUAAGGUUUACAAUUG